UGUGCAUGGUCCCAAAAAAUUGGGCCAGCCGCAAGCCAAAUAACUUGUAUAGGCUGAAAAGUAAACAAUUUGCUUAUGUUUUGCUUCUGUCGGUUAAGGCCUAAUUUUUCCCUCUAUUAUUGAUUUUAGUUUGACAGUGCAGGAUUAAGGUGAAGUGUGACAAAUCUAAAAAUUCGGAAUCAGAGCAAUGAGUUUUGAGGAAUUCAAAAACGAGAUUGAGGUGGGAAGCAGAGAUUGCAGGAAAAAAGGUACGACGAUUCGGAGUAAAGAACGGGAAGUGAUUAAGUCGAUUAUUGAGUUUUGUGAUCAAGAAGCAAGGCAAAAGUGCUUAUUUUUUCCACUUCGUCAGGCAACGAAACGCGCUGCUCAGUACGCCAAAGUUUCGGAAAGAACGGUUAAAAGAAUCAGAGAACAGGUUAAGUUGGGUAUCGAAUUCACUGAUAACGAAACUCAUUCUUCUCCUCUGAAAGUGAUUCCGCAGCAUUCUUCUCGCCACAUCGCUCAGUCAUUCGAUUUCCAAAUUAGAAGAAAAAUGAGUCUAAAAGUUUGCAGCAGCUUGUCGUUCAUGUUUUUGGAAAGUCCAACAAUUAUUGGAAGAUAUCAACUUGCAAAGGAUGCUGGAUUUAAAGCAGUUGAAAGUGGAUUUCCCCUCGGAUUCUCGAUCGAACAGGUCGUUGAAGCCAAGACGAAGGCCGGUGUUGACCAAGUUCUCAUUAAUCUUUUCACAGGUGAUGUAGAUAAAGGAGAAGUAGGAUUCGCCGCCAUUCCUGGAAAAGAAGAAAAUUUUGAAAAGAGCGUUGACCUUACCAUUGAAUAUGCAAAGGCUCUAAGCUGUAAAAAAAUCCAUAUAAUGGCGGGAAGCGUAGAGGUGCUCACAAAAGCAAAUGACGAGGUCUUCGAACGUAAUAUUAGGCAUGCGGUCAGCAAAUUUGAAGCCAAUGAUAUUAUGGGUUUAAUUGAACCCAUAAACCCAUACGAUCUUCCAAACUACUAUAUGGAUAGUGCUGAAAAAGCAUUGGCAAUUGUUAAAAAGAUAAACAGUCCGUACCUGAGAAUUAUGCUAGAUGUUUUCCAUCUGCAACAAAUUUGUGGAAACCUCACCCGCGUAAUUCGCGAAUGUCUACCUUACACUGGACAUGUUCAAGUGGCCCAAGUUCCCGACCGACACGAGCCAGACACGGCCGGAGAAUUAGAUUACGUGUACCUAUUCUCUCUCCUUGAAAAGGAAGGUUACAACGGCUAUGUCGGUCUUGAGUACACACCAAAAGCCAGUACAGUUGAGGGACUCAAGUGGAUCGAAAGAUAUGGUUUCAGCUUUUAAAAAUAUAAGUAUAUUUUAUCUGUAAAUAAUUAAUUCCUCGUGUGAUACUGUAGAAAUUAUAAUUAAGGUAUAGAUUUAAUAAAUAUACUUCCUUGUCUUA